AUGAACGAUGCCGCUGUUGCAGGUCACUCUGGAGGGUUCCAUCGACCCAACCCAUUGGGUGAGGAUCGCAGCCCGUCCAGCAGCAUCGGGUCAGUCACCGGCGCCGCCGCAAACGAUGGCGCGGCGGCUGGCAGCGAGCGGCCCAUCAGCGUUGAGGCCAAAGCCGCGAUUGAAUACGGAGAGGGCUACCGGGUUAUUCUGGAGUCCAUGGGAGAGCCGGGUUACGGCGCUAUGAAGGCGCUCUUUUACGGGGAAGAGGGACCUCCGCCAAGCACUAUCCCCGCCAUUUCCGUUUCUUUUGAGUUAUUCGAGUCGGUGCAAACUCGCUUCGUGAAUACGGAAUUGGUGUUGGAGCGCACUCGGGCGGAACUCCACACGCGCUGUCAGGAGUUGAAUGAAACGAACGCUCGGUAUGAGCAGCUGCAGGCAUCAUAUGACGUUCUUGAGAAGCGCUCCCUGGAACUAGAGAAGAACAAUACACAGUUGCAUCAAAGUAUCGCUAGACAGAAUAUCUCAGCGGACCAGUUGCGUCAACAAAUUAGCCGGUUGAAGGCUGAGUUAGGGAUGUUUGAAGAUCGGAUGGCGAAACGGGACGAGGAGCUUCAGAUUUCAAACAACCGUGUGGCCGAGGGACUUGUUGCGCUUUCAUUAAAGGAAACCAUCAUUACAAACCUGCGGCGACAGAUCGGGAUGGCUAGUUACGGGAGGCGCCUUCCUCACCAGCAACUGAUGCACGAGGGUGGCGAGUACUCCGCGGAAGCACUCAAAAUUAUCGCGGAGGGCGUUGAGGGGAACUCAGUUGAGGCAGAGCAUCGACUUUAUACGCUAGGACUGGAGUCGGAGAUCAGGAAAUUAGAGGACGAAAAGAAAUAUAUUAUGAUGCGUCACACGCUCUACCGUAAACAUGUACAAGAGGUGACGGAGGCGUACGAAACGCUGUGCAUGGCAAAGGAAGAUGCUGUGUUAUCGCAUGUAUGUGUCGGCCCCCCUGCUGAGGGAACACAAGAGGAGACCGAAUCCGUCCCUACCACCGGGGAUGGGCGCUCCACCAAAUUCGAUAGCACGCAAGACCGGCUUUCCUUGGGACGUGCCUCUCCGAAGUCGGCUGAUGGGGCCACUCUUCAGGGCGCUCCUACCAGCGUGGUUCCGGCUCAACUCGUGGCUAGGAGGGAUGUCUUCACAGAUGAUGAGGGCUCUGUUGAGCGAACGCCUCUCAUUGCAUCUCAUUCCACUCUUUCAGACAGUGAGGAAGACGUGCCCUCUGCGGAGGAAGCGGUUCCGAAGACGAAGUCAAAAAAGAAGUCUAACGUGCUGCCGCCUAGUGUUACAUCGGGACGGGACUCACGUGCUUCUGUGAGCUGGGAUAAAUUGGCAACUUCUGUCGACGAUGCGGCGUUACCACCGUCUAGCAAAGGUCGGCAGAGUGGCGCCGCUCAACCUCCUAAGACAAAAGGGGAUUUGUUCUCUCCUCUGGGUUUGCCGCGACCAGACACCGGUUCUACAUCAUCGCCCAGACAGUCGCUAACUACACGGACGACGGAAAAAAGUAAAAAGAAGAGCACUUCCAAACGGCCGGCGAAAGAGGCAACAGCCUCUAAAUCGGGGGCGGCAGGUCACUCGGGUGAACGCGCGGCUUCGGAUCUGUCAUUCCUCCCUAGUGACAACACAGACGCUCGUGUCCCAAGUGCUGGUAGCGACUCAACGAGGCGUGGGGCCCACGGUGAGUCCCGCACCGAAAAGCAGUCGCGCCGCGAUGAUGCUUCGCAACGGCCUUUCUCCGGUGGAAGCACGCGCAGCAGCGAUACUGGGAGGAGGAGGGUGACGUCAGCUUCAAAGAGAAGCUUAACGACCGCUGAGGAUGCAGACAUCCGUGAGAGGAGGAAGACUCCAUCUGAGCGAAGGACAGCGAGCCAUUCGCAGACUUCCCGAGGUGGGACAGCUACGACGAGAGAUUUGAGCUCACAUGCACUGCCUCCUUUGGGAGUAGGACGGGGAUCUUCUGCCGGUGCCGGCGGUGAGGCUACUACUGACGAUGGUGAGCGCGAGAACUCUCAGGAGACACGCUCACUCUCUCAAACGAUGGAACUUAUGGCUCGGAUGAGUCCUUUGUCGGUAAGCGUUGGCAAUCACGUCGCCGAACUCGCUCGUCACUAUGGCUUGCUGCACCAGUCUGUCAUUGCACUAAAUGAACUGUUGGAAUCGUUGUCGCUAAGGGGCAGCACGGACUCAACAAAGACCGUGAAGUUCCGCGCACCAGGGCCUAACACAAAUACCGUCGUACUGACGGAGCACAUGUCAGAAGUAGUAUUGAGUGACACACUAGUACUGGAGAAUUUUCUGCGUCACGUGCGCGGGAGGUUGCCAUCUGGAGGAAGCGCCAGCGAUACUACGGGCGAGAGAAGUAGCCUAUCUUCGUCAAACAAUUUGGCCCCCGGGAGCCCCCGAGGUGGUGCUGCCCCCAAGUUUCCAUCGAAGGGCACAGGGGCGUCACAGGGGUUACGUGCACCGGGAAGGGCAGACGACACCGGUUCCCCGCAGGCGAAAGGUGCUCAGCAGGCGAGAAAGGUGCGUGCUGUUGCUGCUGCUUCUCCUGUCACGAGCGUUGGUGGUGGAAGCACCAGAUCUGCGGCGUCGCCAAGUAAUCAAAAGGCGAGCCCGGUGAGGGGCUCAGGUGGUCAGCAGCAACCAGCUACAGGAGGGGAUGGUGAUGUGCGUACCACAGCGAAGCCGGCAAGCAGGCAUGGACCCGGUCAAGUUAGAGGAAGGGAAUCGUCUGGUGAUAUUUCCUCAGAUGAACGCUAUCAGCAGGGAGGUAAAACUGAUUUGCCGGCUCAAGUGCAACCACAGUCGCCGAGGGGUCGAAAGGUCUCUUCUCAACUUUCGAGGAGUGGAGGUGGCCGCAGUUCACCAAAGAGCUUUCAGUCUCAUGACUCGGGUUCGUUGGCAGACUCCAAGCGGCGGUGGUCAAAGGGCGGAACAGCGCACCCGAUUCAACCUUCGCACGGGACUGUGGGAGGGGGUUCGAGUGUGUUCUCUAGUUCUGCAGUGGAAAAAGUGGACACUCCACCUGAUACAGCACCGCGUCCGACCGCAGUCCCUGCCAAGCGUAGCGCCCCUGGAAGUCUUCGAGGACCUAUUACGGAUGCUCCCCAGUUUGGCCCUGGUACUUCGGAUCUUCCGUGCUCCGACGAUAGGGAUACCAAGGUUUCGGAGAGCACCGGUGGUGCAACAUUUGUCCCCUUUCUUUCAGAGGCUUCGGGAUAUGUAAGGGAGAGAUCACCGCCUCCCGUGACACUUACGCGGCGUGGGGUACAGCGUAUUCCGUGGCGGGCUUCGGUGAUUCGCGUCGACCUGUUAACCGACAUUCCUGAGGUAAAGCAAAGGGACCGUGCGCCCCCAGCCAGGUUCACAGGGUUGCAGCAGAACUUCUCCUUUAUUCAACAGCGUGGGACACCUUGGUAUGAUCCUGGCACACCUCUGUUAGAAGGCGACGAGGAUCAGUACGAGCCUCGGGAGCAGCGGCUGCUGCAUGCUUAUACCUUCACCCCGCGUACGGCUGAACAAAUUUUCGCAGGCAUUGGACGUGGGAGAGAACGAGGCAGUGUUGGUGCCGGCGGUACUGGUUACAGUGAGCGCACUGGCUACAGUGAGCGCGCUGGCCCCGGCAGUGUUGGUUAUGGUUCUGCCACUGGCCGCGAUGCCCGCACUGUUCCUGGCAGUUUUGGUUAUGGUUCCCGGGCUGGCCGUGAUGCCCGCACUGGCCCCGGUAGUGUUGGUGCCGGCGGUACUGGUUACAGUGAGCGCACUGGCCCCGGCAGUGUUGGUUAUGGUCCUGGCACUGGUCACAGUGAUGCCCGCGCCGGCCACGGUAGUUUUGGCUAUGGUUACGGUGCUGGUGGUAGUGGUGGAGGCGGCCCCGGCACCGGAUUUGCUCAUCGCGGUGCGUAUAAGCCACUUCCGCUGCAGCGUAAGUUGGCUCGUACUCACGAAUUGCCCCAACGUAAGUUAAAACCCGGGGUAACUUUAGACAUAGGGACGGAGGGCUUUCCCACCGCACGGACGUACCUGAGACCAGCUGAGGAGGCCUACUAUCGGUCUCUCUCCAGAAUGCUCCUGGCUCACCGCCCCAAAUCAGCCACUGGGCCCGUUCUUCCGGAAAGUCCCGUACUUGAGCCGAACAUGUUCAAGUGUUUCAACCCUAUCAGCACAAUGUCGUCUGUCCAAUCGAAUCCAGUCGUUCGACCUCGGCCAUACGUAAACAUGGGUGCUGAGGGUGGCCAUUCAAACGACAUUUCCCGCAGAAGAGGUACUAGUGCUCUUCGCCCCGUGGGCCGCAACCUGAAAAUGUGUUCGCCCUUGCCGUGCAUUAACAUCACAUUAGGUGAUGUGGGCGUCGAUGAAAAUUUAUGGCAAGAAUCGGGACUACCCCAGUCGUGGCGGCCGCUCUCGUCAACGGCGAAAUGCGUUCAGCGGAGUCUACUGCGCAACGUUAAUCGGCUGUGUCAGAGCACUUUGGGACGUCGCCCUUCCAACCUCGCAUUCUGCCGGAACGUUGUGAAGAGGUAUGUACAGAAAGUUCAAAGCUGCGGUUCGGGGGAUUUCAGCCCUCCACGGCUCUCGGGUGCACUAAUUAGGAAGCAAAUUCUACGUUAUUCAGCUAAUCGUGCACGAACCCUUCGUCAUUCCGCAAAGCGUCUCCCGAGAAGGGCAUUCUUCGUGAAGCAAUGCAUUUUGGCGCGGAGAGGUGCCGAGUUAUGUUCUAACUGGGUACUUGUGCCUUUGGAGUUGCGUCAUCUUGGUGGCCGUCAUCCUCCAUCUGUAAGUCCCAAUAGCAGUUUCCGAAUGAGUCCAUAA